AUGGCUCUGCGCCUCGAGGGUCCGGACGAGCUGCUCGCCGCCUGCCUGUCGCCGUGCGGGCCGCCCAACCCGGCCGAGCUGUACAGCGAGGCGCGGCGCCUCGCGCUCGAGGAGCUGGUGGCGGGCGGCCCCUGUGCCUUCGAGGCCUUCCUGCGAAGAGAGCGCCUGGGCCGCUUCCUGAACCCGGACGAGGUGCGCGCCAUCCUGCGGGCGGCCCAGAGGCCCGGUCAGGAGGGCGCGGCGGCGGGGGCCGAGGACUCCUUCGGCUCGUCGCACGACUGCUCGUCCGGCACCUACUUCCCCGAGCAGUCGGACCUGGAGCCGCCGCUGCUGGAGCUCGGCUGGCCCGCCUUCUACCAGGGCGCCUACCGCGGCGCCACGCGCGUCGAGGCGCACUUCCAGCCCCGCGGCGCGGGCGCCGGCGGCCCCUACGGCUGCAAGGACGCGCUGCGCCAGCAGCUCCGCUCCGCGCGGGAGGUGAUUGCGGUGGUGAUGGAUGUUUUCACGGACAUCGACAUCUUCAGGGACCUACAGGAAAUAUGUCGGAAACAGGGAGUCGCUGUCUACAUCCUCCUGGACCAGGCUCUGCUCUCGCAGUUUUUGGAUAUGUGCAUGGACCUGAAAGUGCAUCCUGAAAAGGAGAAGGUUUGUGUUACGUGUUUCCAGUUUCUCCUUAAUCAGCAUUUUACGUGGACAGAUGGCAAAUUAAAUAGCAGUAACUUGGUCAUUCUGUCUGGCCAAGUGGUUGAACACUUUGAUCUGGAGUUCCGAAUCCUGUAUGCACAGUCGAAGCCCAUCAGCUCCAAGCUGCUGUCUGACUUCCAGAUCAGCGGCAAGUUUGACCAUCUAGUGGACAGUAAACCCCUGUCUAAGGAGCUCACGUUGGGCGGCCUGCUGCGCCUGCGGCUGUCCCGGCUCUCGAGCACCCCCAAGAAGGCUGAGCUGGGGUGUGAGGCCCCCGCUGAGGGCAGGGCAGAGGCCAGGCACCAGAACUGCGAGUCCUCCACCGUCGGCGAUGAGGACGAUGUCAUCAGCUGCCAGGACAGACCACAGGGCGGGAGGAGGACGACCGAUGCGGCCACCCAGACGGAGCCAGGAGAGGAGGUUCCAUCAGUGAGCACGAGCGACGCGGGGACACAAGUCAGCGUCACCAUGGCAUGUGCCGGGACCCAGACCGCGGUCACCACCAGGGUCGCGAGCUCCCAAGCUGCGGUUCGGUCCACGUCGGCCACCACCCAGACUGACGUGGAUGAGAAUGUUCUCUUUUCUCAGGGCACCCAGUCUAAAGAAGGGUCACCAGUGUCCAGGAUGUCUGUGUCCAGAUCUCCCAGUUUGAGGUCUUCCUCCUCUCUGUCUUCGCAGGGCUCUGUGGCGAGCUCCCUGGGCUCCCAGACGUCCAGCAGAGCCCCUGACUUUGUCCCCGCUGGACACGCCAAGUACUGGGGCGCCCCCCACUUGGAUCUGUGCUUGCGAGACUCCUUUAGGAACUUGAAUCAAGAGCGCCAGUUUCACUUUGCUGGUAUCAGGUCCCGGCUCAACCACAUGCUGGCCAUGCUCUCCAGGAGAACCUUCCUUGCUGAGAACUACCUCGGUUUUCAUUCCGGAAACGUUGCCAGAGCAUCAGUGAAUCUCCUGGCUGUGAGAGACACCGCGCUGUAUCCCUCCUACCAGUGA